AUGGCCACUGCGUCGCUCGCCGCUGCUCGUCCGACCAGCCUCGCGCUCGCCGCCGGCGGCGCAUCGCAUCGCGACCCCGCCACUACCGUCUCCACCUCGCUCCGCGCCGUGCCUCCGUCCGCAGGAAAUCCGGGUCCGAUGAGGGCAAUCCGAAACGUGGCAACCAACGCUGUGGCGGAGGAGCAGCCCGCGGUGGUGGCGGCGCCCAUGGCGGACGCGGAACUGAAGCGCGGCAUCGCGGAGUUCUACGACGAGUCGUCGGCGGUGUGGGUGGACAUCUGGGGCGAGCACAUGCACCACGGCUACUACCCCUCGCCAGUCGAAAAAUCCGCGCAGACCAACGGCAGCGCCGUCUCCGCCGUUAACGGCAGCUCUAUUAACGGGAACGGUAGCGCGGUUAGCAGCGGCGCUAGCGUGGAUCACUUCGCGGCGCAGGUGGAGAUGAUCGAGCGCGUGCUGGCAUGGGCUACGGCCGACGGUGAGCAGCUGUUUGGAAGCGAGCAGCCGCGAGGAGACGAGAACCGCCGCGGCGCGCGCGAGGGCUGGAAGCCGCGGCGAGCGGUGGACGUGGGGUGCGGCGUGGGCGGCAGCUCGCGGCACAUGGCGCGCAAGUACGGCGUGGAGGUGGAUGCGAUUACGCUGAGCCCGUGGCAGGCGGCGCACGGCAACCAGAACUGCAAGGACGCGGGGCUCGGCCAGCAGGUGUGUGCGCGCGCGGGGACGCGCACCUGGAUCCCCUCUCACUCGCCUCCGUCGCUCGCCUCCCUUGCACCCGUGCGGCUGCAGGUGGCGGACGCGAUGGCGCAGCCGUUCGACGAGGGGACGUUCGACCUGGUGUGGUCGCUGGAGAGCGGCGAGCACAUGCCGCGCAAGCAAGAGUUCGUGCGCGAGCUGGUGCGCGUGGCGGCGCCAGGCGGGCGCAUUAUCAUCGUGACGUGGUGUCACCGCGACCUGCUGCCGGGGGAGACAGAGCUCUCACAGGGCGAGCAGGCUGUCCUGCAGCGCAUCUGUGACGCCUACUACCUGCCUGCAUGGUGCUCGCCCUCAGACUACGUGCGCUUCGCCACCGACGCUGGGCUGCAGGACGUGCGCGUGGCGGACUGGACGGAGAACAUCUCGCUCUUCUGGCCGGCCGUCAUGCGUUCGGCGCUCACACCCAAGGGCAUCUGGGGGCUGCUGUCGUCAGGGUGGAAGACGCUCAAGGGCGCCGUGGCCAUGCUGUGGAUGAUGCAGGGGUACAACUCAGGGCUCAUCAAGUUUGCCCUCAUCACCGCCAAGAAGCCAUUGUGA